ACGUCGUGUUCGCAGGAAGGAAGCUGCAGAGCAUUUGCAGAUUUCCUUGGUUGAUAGAAUAAACGCGCUCAGUCCGGUUCCCGUAGGCACCAGUUAUUCCCGUCCGGCUAUGUCCGCUUGUGCGGUGUCCGGAUUCUUCUCGGGUCCCGAGCUCCUGGAGGACCCCGCUCAUGCUUCGGCACUGUUGACUCAGCUGAAAGCUUUCUACGACGCACGGCUACUGUGCGAUGUCACCAUCCGGGUACUGGGGGGCACCGAGGCGGGGACCAGUGGAGCCGAGUGUGGCCGGAGCUUCAGUUGUAACCGCAACGUUCUUUCUGCUGCAUGUCCUUAUUUCAAGAGCAUGUUCACUGGCGGCCUCUACGAGAGCAAACAGCAGCAGGUCACGCUGCACGAUAUGGACCCCGAGUCCAUGGCCCUCAUCAUAGACUACUGCUACACCGGACGUGUGACUGUUACUGAGUGCAACGUACAGCGCCUGUAUGCCGCCGCUGAUAUGCUGCAGCUGGAAUAUGUACGCCAGGCCUGUGCAGGAUACCUGGCCCGCCGCUUGGACGUCCACAAUUGUGCCAGCAUCCUGCGCUUUGCUGAUGCUUUCGACCACCCGGAGCUGAGAGCCAAAUCCCUGGCCUUCAUGGCACGCCACUUCGAGCAGCUGUCUCGGGGAGACGAGCUGUGUGAGCUAAACUUGGCACAGCUACGAGAGGUGCUAACCAUGGACAACUUGGAUGUGGCAAGUGAGAGGGUUGUGUGCAAUGCUGCCCUGCGCUGGCUGGAAGCCAACCCCAAGGAAAGGGCUAAUGAGUGCCUUGAGGUCUUGCGCUGUGUGCGCUGGCAGCACUUAACUGAAAAGGACCAGGUCUACCUGGAUGGAUUACGUUCCAAACCAUUCAUACGGAAACAUUGUCUACAAUAUCUGGAAGCUGUGCUGCAAGACAAAGAUGGGAAAAAUGGAUCUCCUGCUUUACCAUGUCAAGAUGGAAGUCCUUUACGCAGAAUUGGCAUGUUAGCCAAAGAGAUGGUAAUUUUCUUUGGUCACCGUAAGGAGCCAUUCCUAUGCUAUGACCCCUACUCAGGUGACAUUUACACAAUGCCUUCUCCUGUUACUAACUUGGCCAAUAGCAAGUCUGUGACCUCUUCAGCUGUGUGUGUUUCACCUGACAAUGACUUGUAUUUGGCCACCCAACCUAUAAAGCAGCUGUGGGUUUACAGUCCGGUUCAAAACAGCUGGCAACUAUUAGCAGAGAGACUGUUAUCUAGGGAAGGUAUGAAUGUAGCCUACCUUAAUGGCUAUGUUUAUAUUCUGGGUGGUAGGGACCCUUCAACAGGUGCCAAGAUUAAGGAAGUAGAGUGCUAUAGUGUGCAAAGAAAUCAGUGGUCUCUAGUGGCACCAUUGCCCCACUCUUUUUACUCAUUUGAACUGGUUACUGUCAAUGAUCGCUUGUAUGCUGUCAGCAACAAAAGGAUGCUUUGCUAUGAUCCAACCUGCAAUCAGUGGCUUAACUGUGCUUCUCUUAAGCGAUGUGAUUUCCAGGAAGCUUGUGUUUUCAACAAUGAAAUAUAUUGUCUAUGUGACAUACCUGUGGUAAAAGUAUACAACCCGGCUCGGGGAGAAUGGCGGAGGAUCUGUGAAAUUCCUGCUGAGGGAAGCACAAAUAACUAUCAGAUUGUUAGACAUAGUUCUAAACUGCUGCUUAUUACCUGCACUAAUGUACAGUGGAAGAAAAACAGAGUGACUGUGCACGAAUAUGAUGUGACUAAUGAUUGCUGGAUAAACAUUGGUACCAUGCUUGGCCUUCUGCACUAUGACUUUGGUUUCAUUUGCCUGUCUGCCCGUGUAUACCCAUCCUGUUUGGAACCAGGUCAGAGCUUCAUCACAGAAGAGGAUGAUGUGCGGAGUGAAUCUAGUGCUGACUGGGAACUGGAUGGUAUUAGUGACCUGGACUCUGAAUCUAACAGCUCCAGCUCUUAUUCAGAGGAUGAAUGGCAGAGAGCACCUGUAGCAAGGCAUCGGAUAUAUGUAGAGGGCUCAUUCUAAAGACUUUUAGCUAGUCUAACACACAGGGAUAGUUUUAAUUUCUCAGUCUGUUUUCAUAUAAGACAAAGUUGUCAUGCUGCACUUGAUAAUGAUUCAGCUACACACACGUGUAACCACUUCAUAGCAAUCUGUAUUGUAAAAUCUAAAAUAUCAGGAAAAAGUCUUCAUAACAUGUUUCCUUUAUGAAACACAACAAUUUUUUGCUCUUGUAGAUACAUGUGCCAAAAGUCAGUAGAUUUUACCCCUUUGGAUGCCAGAAGGUGGUACAUUAUUUUUUCCCUUUACAUGGGGGGGGGGAGAAGUUGUAAUUAGUGUACAUUUUGCAUAAAGUCACUGCCAUGGAUUUCUACAAAUGUUAGUGGAAAGCAUAGUAUAAAUCUAGCAAAUUCUGUUUUUGUUUUUUUUAUUCUGGCAUGCUUAAAUUUGAGAAACAAUAGUUGUCAUACCAAUUGCCCAGUCAGUGUGAAAAUCCUGAAAAGAAUUAAUAAAUCUAAGCGCCUUAACGUUUGGAGCAUUUGUUACAACAUUUAGAUGUGUGUGUAUAUAUAGUGUCAAUUGUGUGAUCUUUUCAGUGUAAUAAGCUCAACAUUUAAUUCUUGUUUUCCUUGUUCAGAUGUGUUUACUAAAAACUUGGUUUCUGGUGUUUUGAAAAGUUUGUUUUUUUUCCCCCCAUUAAAUUAAGAUGACACCU